UGGACAGUACAAACGAUGGUAUCCGGCUCACGGGUGCCGUUCUGCUCGUCGCCCUUGUGGGACUGGAAUUUGACCUGGUUUUCGGAUUAUUUUCAACUUACCCCAUGCUUCGAAAGCACCGUGUUAGUCUACAUACCGUCCUUCGUGCUGUUUACAUUCGGAUUGCCAACACUCUUCAAACGACGACAGGAUGAAAGGCCGCUGUCCAUCACGGUCCUCAGCAUCGCCAGGACAUUCAUCAGUGUUGUGCUGGUGCUUCUCUACGGCGUGUCCUUCAUUCACAAGGUCAUAGAUUACGUUCAAGAAGCCUUCGUGGCACCGUCCGUAGCAACCUUGACAGCUGACGUGGUCCGAACCAUUGCAUUCUCGACGACCGUUGCUCUGCAAACUCGGCAGCGAAAUUCAGGACAGAGGUCCUCGUCUGUGUUGUUUUCUUUCUGGUUUACGUCGCUGCUCUGUCGGUUCCCGGAAUACUUUCGUUGUCUUCAAGAAGUGUUCAGAGUGAGUUCGCCGACGUUCACGUCGUUUCAGUUUGGAACUGCUGUGUCUGCCUACCCGCUGAUCGUCGCGCAGUUCGUUCUGUCGUGUUUUAACGACUCAGUGAAGCGCGAGUUUGAGAAGGAAGGUGAAUCGCCGUCUCUCACAGCCGCGCCCUUGUCUUCCUUAACGUUCGAAUGGGUGACAAGGCUGAUACUGCUGGGCUACAAGCGAUACGUCACACUGAAAGACCUGUUCGGUAUUCGUCCCGACCAUCUUACAAGGUACAACUACCGCAUUUGGAAUAACAACUGGGAAGCAGAGCUACGCCGUGUCGGUUACUCCGCAGUCGACGGGACUUGUCGGUUCCAACGAGAGAAACCAUCACUGUUCUAUGCUUUCGUGAAGACCUUCUGGUUCCCGAUAGCGGCCUGCUUUUUCUUCGCAAUAGUACGUGCCUUUAUCAGGACUGCCCCUGCGCUGUUGAUAAACUUAAUCACCAACUUCAUGGCGAGUGAUGAACCAAUGUGGAAAGGUGUCAUCUACGCGUGCGCGAUCGUCAUUACGAACUUGGUGGCGGCCAUGUUUGUACGCCACAUUGAGUACACUUUAUCGACUACCGGUCUGCGGAUCAAGGCGGCUAUCAUGGCGUCAGUGUACAGAAAAGCUCUUCGAAUGUCGAACGAGUCCCAAGGAAAGUACACUGUUGGAGAACUGGUUAACUUUGUAUCGGUCGACGCGGACAGAGUGUACAGACUGACGAGCAUAGUGUCAUUCGUGGCUGCAGGUCCGGUACUGAUGGUUCUCACGCUUUUCUUACUCUGGCAAUACUUGGGGCCCUCAUCUCUUGCUGGAGUAGCCGUAAUGAUUGUGAUGAUGCCCUUAUCCGGAAUGAUUGUAUCCAAAAACCACAAGCUCCAGACACAACAGAUGAAGUUUAAGGACAAACGUUUGAAGACAGUGGGCGAAAUGCUGAGUAGCAUCAAGGUACUCAAGCUGUUUGCCUGGGAGCCUCCUUUUAUGGACACAGUCAACGACCUCAGGUCACGCGAAGUGGAGGUCCUGAAGAGGUACUCUUACCUCAGCGCGGUCAACGGAUUCUUCUGGACGUGCACCCCGUCCCUGGUUACCCUGUCGAGCUUUGUGACGUAUGUCAUGAUCAGCGACAGGAAUAUUCUGGACCCUUCGACAGCAUUUGUGUCCUUGGCACUUUUCAACCAGAUGCGUUACACCAUGGUCAUGAUACCGGACACCAUCUCGAACGCUGUACAGACCAGCGUCUCCUUCAACAGGCUCCGAGACUUCCUGCUCUGUUCGGAAAUCGAUUUGAACUCUGUCGGUGCCGCUCCGUCUGCUGGAGAGGCGAUCACGGUGCGGAACGCCACGCUAUGCUGGUCAGAAGGAAGCACCCCCGUAUUGCGAGACAUCAACUUCAAAGUGGACUCGGGUCGCCUUUUCGCGAUCGUUGGGCCCGUGGGCAGCGGUAAGUCGUCCCUGCUGUCGUCGCUUCUUGGUGAUCUACGUAUUAUCCGUGGAAGCAUCGACGUGGCUGGCAGUGUGGGGUACGUCCCACAGCAAGCAUGGAUUCAGAAUAAGACCAUACGGGACAACAUUGUUUUCAUGAGCCUCUUUGAAGAAAAGUUUUACGAGAAGGUUCUCGGGGCCUGUUCUCUGGAAGAAGAUAUGAGAAUAUUGCCCGCCGGGGACAUGACAGAAAUCGGCGAGAAAGGAAUCAACCUGAGCGGUGGUCAGAAGCAGAGGGUCAGCCUGGCACGUGCUGCAUAUCAGAAGAAAGACUUGUACCUCUUUGAUGAUCCUCUGAGUGCUGUAGACGCACAUGUUGCUUCGUCUAUUUUCCGUGAGCUGAUUGGUCCGAAAGGAAUGUUAAGAGCCACCACGCGCGUGCUCGUCACGAAUAACUUAUCCGUACUACCGGAUUGUGAUUACAUAUACGUCCUUAAAGAAGGUCGGAUUGCGGAAUCUGGGUCGUACGCCAAACUCAGGAAACAAGGCAGCGCUUUGUCGGAGUUGCUGAAAGAUUUCGUCCACAGGAAGACUUCUACAAGUGACGAAAACGGAACGUCGGAUACAGAAGGUAAAGGAUUGCGACACCGACGGAGUUCAUCCGUUAUUACAGACGGGGGGGAGCGCCUCAAUGAUAAAGAUGCGACCCUGGUACAAGAAGAAGGUGUCGAAGUGGGCUCGAUAAAGCUACGCGUGUACCUGAACUACAUGAAACACGCAGGCCCAUGGCUGGUCGCUGUGCUGCUAGGCUACAUUCUUUAUCGAAUCCUCGACAUCGUGAACGGAAUUUGGCUGAGCGCGUGGGCGACGGAUGCCCCGUUACAAGAUGGGACUCAAGAUAUUCCCAUGCGCAACCACCGUAUUGUUGUUUUCGCCGUCAUUGCCCUGUUUCAGGGUAUAUCUUAUCUUAUCGGCAAUGCUCUACUUUGGAAAGUAGCUAUUGGAGCAUCUACUAAGCUGCAUGCGUUGAUGCUCCGAGCCGUUAUGAGGGCUCCGUUGUCAUUUUUCGACGUCACGCCGUCCGGUCGUCUGUUGAAUCGUUUCGGAAAAGACGUAGAUCAACUGGACAUCCCCUUGCCCAUGACGGCGAACUUCUUCCUCGACCUAUUAUUCAAUGCUUUGGGAAUGAUAGGGCUGGUCUCCUCCAACCUGACCCUCUACGUCUUCAUUGCUAUUCCUGUAUUAGUACUUUUUGCGUUCCUUCGCCAAGUGUAUGUGAAGACCCUCCGGCAAGUGAAGCGCCUAGAAUCUGUAACUAGAUCUCCCGUGUAUAAUCACUUGGCCGAAUCUGCCACUGGUCUCAGCAGCAUAAGAGGUUACAGAGCUCAAGACCAUUUCUCAGAACUCUACGAAAGCAAAGUCGACAUUACUCAAAACUGCACUCUUCACGGUCUACUAUGUAACUACUGGAUGCAGAUGAGACUGGAAAUUUUGGGCGAUACCCUUAUCUUGGGCAUGCUUCUGCUGGUCGUGUUCAGCAGGGAGACGGUCGACGCUGGUACUGCGGGUCUCUUAGUGUCGUACUCGUUAGGUACCGUCGUUGCCUUCAAUUACCUAAUCUAUUUUUCGACCGAACUAGAAGCAACGAUCGUAGCGGCUGAACGAAUCGAGGAAUACUCUGCCGUUGUACCGGAAGCCGCUUGGGAACGCCAACAGAAGCCGACGCCCGAUUGGCCUUAUUCUGGUUCCGUCAUCUUCAGCGAUUUCUACACCAAGUACCGUGAUAACCUAGACUUUGUCCUCAAGGGUGUCGACCUCUCAAUUAACCCUGCCGAAAAGGUCGGCGUCGUCGGCCGCACCGGCGCGGGAAAAUCUUCGUUGUCGCUAUCGCUCUUCAGAAUAAUCGAAGCGUCCAGAGGGCGCAUCUGGAUCGACAACCUUGAUAUAUCAGAUAUAGGCUUACACGACCUUCGAUCGCGACUCACAAUCAUUCCACAGGACCCCGUAUUAUUUGAAGGUUCCUUACGUUUCAACCUGGAUCCAACGCGCCGCUAUAAAGACGACGAGCUAUGGCUUGCUCUUGAAAGAGCUCACUUGAAGAGCACAUUCAAGGACGCGGGUCUUGGUGCACAAAUACAAGAAGGUGGUAUGAAUCUCAGCGUAGGACAGCGCCAGUUGGUGUGCUUAGCGAGAGCAGUGCUGAGGAGGGCUAAGGUGCUCGUCCUGGACGAGGCCACAGCAGCUGUGGAUCUUGAGACCGACGCGUUAAUUCAGGACACGAUAAAAAAGAGCUUUGCAGAAUGUACGACAAUCACGAUCGCGCAUCGCUUGCAUACUAUUCUGGAUUCAGACAGGGUUGUAGUUAUGGACGCAGGUAAAGUCGUCGAAUGCGGCAAGCCGGGCGAUUUGUUGAAAGACCAGACGACGCUGUUCUUCGGACUUGCUCGCGAAGCGGGUGUGGUGGGAAUGUGAUGUCUUUCAUUCUUCUGGUCGGAGAGGCGAAAUCUGACCAAACAUAUGUGUUGUGUGCAAAACUGCAAAAGCGUUUUCUUUUUCUUUUAUGUAUGCGUUUCUGUGAGUGUCUAAAGUUUUUGUGAUUGGAUGCUGAGACAACUCUGCAUAACAGUGGUGACGACGUUGUUGAGGAGUUUUAUGAUCGGUUUUGCCCGUACAAUGAAAGUCCGGACUGUUUAUAUUUCGCUCUUAGUGUUGAUGAAUAAAUGACCUGAGAGAGA